UUCUCGGAGCACAAAGUGAAAACGCAUCAUCGUCCUCCUCACACGUUACGAUGCCCACACGGAUCCACAAGGACAGGCUUUAAUCCCCUCUGACUCCCUCAGGGACAUUUUGUUUCUUUUAAGGAUUUAUUUUUUAUGCGUUUUGGUUUUUAAUUUUCAAAGAAACCUCUUUUGUCAGCGGGAUACCGAUGGCCACCUCCGCCACCAUCCCCAGCAUCAGCACCACCACCGGAGGGCCGUCGGGCCAGCCAGGACGGCCGGGAUCCAACCAGCACACCUAGCAGCUCCCUCAGCUGCUGAGGACCUCGGCAUUUGACGAUCUGCCUUAACUGACCUUUUUCUAUUCUGACGGGUCACAACCUCUGUGCAGAACAACAGGACUCUUCAUCAUCAUCACUAAGCCUCCAGCUCUGAGCAGCCAAACAUGACGAAGUGGAGCAUCAUUGUCGUCUUAUGAAAACCUGAAACCAAAUUCUGAAAAAUGACUGAGAGCAGGAGGAGGCGGAGGGAGGUGUGAAACGCCAAACGGAGAGAAAAUCCGGACAAAUAGGAUGUGGAUUUGGCAUUUACUUUUACCCUGAAUGUGUUGUCCAUUAAAACACGUUUAUGCCAUGACUGAAGUUUUGUGACUUUAAAACUCUUCAGCAUACUCAGCGUUUCAGUUCAGCAUCAAAAACCAAAAACAGGGAUCAAAGCUUCCAAUAAUGUAGAAGUAGACAGCAGAGUCGAUUGUUCAUUCAUAAGCUGUUUCUGUUGGACAACAGUCCGAUAAAGACGACCACGAUUGUCUCUUCCUGACAAACCCUGGGAUUUUUUGAGGAGGUGAAACUGUUCUAUUCAAGUUAUGUUCUUUAAAAAAAAAUCUGGAAUCUAAAAUCAAAGACAUCAAAAACAAAGACAGCAAAUAAGAUUGUUUUAUAGUUUAGAGGUCAAAGACUCACUUUACUGACUGUUUCAAAACCAAAUCAAAAAACUGAGCCACAGAAGAUUGUACAACAAAUCAAUCAGCAGAAAGGAACUGUCUGGAAAUCUUCGUCUUGGAAUUUACAGAAGUUGGAAUAAAACUUGACAAUCCUAAGACAUAAAAAGUGGAAAACAAUCUCCCGAUUGUGGGUCAGUAGUCUGUGAAGAAACACAUUUUGGACAUUAGGAACCACAUCAGAGUGAGACCCCAUGAUGACCCAUCUACACGCCGGUCUGAGCUCAGAGACGACGGAGAAGGCUCGCUUAGAGCUGAAUGAAAACCCAGACACUCUGCACCAGGACAUCCAGCAGGUCCGGGACAUGAUUGUCACACGGCCCGACAUUGGUUUUCUGCGGACCGAUGAUGACUUCAUCCUCCGUUUCCUGAGAGCCAGAAAGUUUGACCAGGUGGAAACCUUCAGGCUGCUGGCCCAGUACUUCCAGUUCAGACAGCAGAACCUUGACAUGUUUCAGAGCUUCAAGGUUGAUGACCCAGGUAUUAAGCGGGCACUGAUGGAUGGUUUUCCAGGCGUACUGGAGACUCCAGACCAACAUGGCCGAAAAAUCCUCAUUUUGUUUGCCUCCAAUUGGGAUCAGAGCAGGAACUCGUUCACGGACAUCCUGCGGGCCAUCCUGCUGUCUUUGGAGGUUUUGAUAGAGAACCCCGAACUUCAGAUUAACGGUUUCAUCCUCAUCAUCGACUGGAGCAAUUUCUCCUUCAAACAGGCGUCCAAGUUAACCCCAAACAUCCUCAAACUGGCCAUAGAGGGCCUCCAGGACAGCUUCCCGGCCCGGUUUGGAGGAAUCCACUUUGUGAAUCAGCCAUGGUACAUCCACGCCAUGUACACCAUCAUUAAACCUUUCCUCAAGGACAAAACCAGGAAGAGGAUCUUCCUUCACGGCAACAACCUGAACUCUCUCCACCAGCUCAUCCAGCCUGAGUGUUUGCCGUCGGAAUUUGGCGGGACUCUUCCUCCGUACGAUAUGGGAAUCUGGGCACGAACAUUGCUGGGACCAGACUACAAUGACGAGACGGAGUACACGCUGACCUAUGAUGCGCUGCACGUCAGGGAGAACUGUGGAGGUGGAGGAGAGAAGGACAUGAUGAAGAGGUCUCAAUCUGCAGUUGAUCCAGAAACUCUCCGGCCAACAGAUCGAGAGACCAGCACACCUCUACUGGCCCUGGACUGAAGACACACGUAUAUAUAUAUAUAUAUAUAUAUAUAUAUAUAGUGUACCCACAAACACACACAUGUAGAUCCAUCAGCACACAUGUACAGACACACAACACACUUCUCAAAGGACAAAAACACACAGCAAAAACACUUAAUCACACCCAUAUUCUGUCUGUAUUUAGCUACAGGAUUUAAACUUGUGUCCUAAUGACCUGAACUCUGAACUUCCAAAACAGGACACAUACCAAUACACACAAAGUCUGUCCUGUCUCUGAGCCGUCUAAUGCCUCCCAGCUGAGCCUCUCUCCAGCCAGCAGCAUCUGUCCUGAUGUCUACAACGACACACUCUGAAGGGUGUAUUUGUGUGUCAUCUGACGUCAGUCUGCACGACCAUGUGCUUCAAGUCUUUGUGAGAAACCAGGAGGAAUGUAA